AUGUCAAAAAAAAAAAAACUUGAAUAUCAAGAAAUUAAUAGUAGCGAAUCUGAAAAUGAUAAUAGUUUAGAAGAAAAUACAAGUGUUUUUAAUAGAACAGAAAGUGAAGUUGAUUUUUCUACUGAAAAUUUACAAGAAGUUGGGCCUAAUUUAACUUCUACAACUACUUCUACGGCUAUUUCUACGGCUACUUCUAUGGCUACUUCUAUAACUACUCCUCAUGAAUCUUCUUGGGUGUGGAAAUUUUUUUCUAAAGAAUAUGAUGAUCAAAAUCAAAUUAAAUCCCUUAUUUGUUCUCUUUGCAAAACACGAUAUAAAGCAACAAACUCUCCUGGAACACUUGCUACACAUUUGCGUACAAAACAUAAAGAAAAGGCUGAAUAUGUACAAGCUACAUUAGAUAAAUUUAAAUCUAAACCAUAUUCAAAACAAGAUCAACGAUAUAAAGAACUUACUGGUUCAAUCAUAGAUUUUAUUGUUUGCUGUCAACUUCCAUUUGCAAUUGUAGAUAAUCCAUAUUUUGUUAAAAUGUUAAAUCUUUUUGAUAAUCGAUAUUAA